UGCUGCUGGAGCUGAGUAAAUAAUGGGGAAACUCAGUAAAUUUGAGGCAGAAAAGCAACGAGAUUCGUCGACUUAGCGAGGCUAUAAAACUCUCCUGUGUCUCAGGCUAACAGCCGUUCAUCCCGGAGCUUCUCUGAUGCCGAUUCCCGUUCAUACCGGCAGUGUUUUGGUGCAUCCCUAUGGACGUUAACGCUAGCUGCUAACCCGAAGUCGCUAGCACCACAGUGCACCUGUCACGGGCUGCUUUGUCUCUUUCAUAUCAGUGGUUCACUUUUCUAUUAUCUAUUAGUUCAUAUAAACAUUAUCUACUUUUACCGGUUAGUUUCACCAGCGUGGAAGCUGUUACUGUCUCUGAAAACAAAGCCAGACAAAGAGGAUGGACUGACAGCAACUCUGCGUCUAGAGAUGUAUGAUAGGAGUUGUGUUUGCGUCCCACUGGAUAUUUCUAAACCCAAACAGUAAAGUAGUCUCUAAAAUACACAAUGGCGUCCUCCAAAGCAAAGGUUGGAGUCAACAAUGAGACCAACUCCCUGAAAGACAGUAAAAGCAACGCCGGCAGUUCAGCUGGGGAAGCAUCACCAAAUAACCGGAUAUAUUGCCUUGAUGAGCUGGAGACCAUCGCUACAGUGGGCACAGGGACUUUUGGCCGAGUCUUCCUGGUCAAGGACAAGAAGAGCAGAGCCUUCUUCGCCCUGAAGCAGAUGAAGAUACCAGACGUGAUCCGACUCAAGCAGGAACAGCACGUCCACAAUGAGAAGGAGGUGCUGACAGAGGUCAACCACCCAUUCCUCAUCCGACUGUUUUGGACCCACCAUGACGAACGCUUCCUCUACAUGCUGAUGGACUACGUGCCCGGCGGUGAGCUGUUCAGCUACCUGCGCAGCCGCGGCCGCUUCAGCAACACCACGGGCCUCUUCUAUACCUCUGAGAUCGUUUGUGCCAUCGAGUACCUCCACUCCAAAGAAAUUGUCUACCGUGACCUGAAGCCAGAGAACAUCCUGCUGGACAGUGAAGGACACAUCCGCCUGACCGACUUCGGCUUUGCUAAGAAGCUUUCUGACAGGACUUGGACUCUGUGCGGCACUCCUGAGUACCUGGCUCCUGAAGUCAUCCAAAGCAAAGGUCAUGGUCGAGCAGUGGACUGGUGGGCUCUGGGUAUCCUGGUCUUUGAGAUGCUGGCUGGGUACCCACCUUUCUUUGAUGACAAUCCGUUUGGAAUCUACCAGAAGAUCCUGGCUGGAAAACUGGAAUUCCCACGCCAUCUGGAUUUCCAUGUCAAAGACCUCAUCAAGAAAUUUCUGGUCAUUGACCGAGCCAGACGGCUAGGCAACAUGAAGAAUGGAGCAGACGAUGUGAAAAAGCACCGGUGGUUCAAGACCAUUGACUGGGAUGCAGUUCCUCUGAGGAAACUGAAGCCACCUAUACUUCCUAAAGUCUCUCAUGAGGGCGACACCUCCAACUUUGAUGUUUACCCAGAGGACGACUGGAAGAAAGAUCCUCCCGUUCCUCAGAAGGACUUAGAGAUCUUCAAGAACUUCUGAUCACUCAGCCUGGCUUAUUUAUUAACAUUAUAAUAUCCUGAGAUUUGACAGACAUACGUAUAAUAAGGUGACACUACUGUUCCAGGUACCCAUCAUAGAGAAAACGGCUAUUUAUCAAAGCAGGGAUCUCACAUUUUAGUUGUUUAAUAAAACAGCCCCCCCCCAACCCCCCAUCUUCAAAGACAAACUCCAAAUGAUUGAUGCUUUUUAUAUAUAUUUUUUUUCAUCCCUGCUUUUUCUCUGAGCCUGCUCAUAUGCAAAAAAAAAAGAAAAAAAAAAGUGGUUCCUUUAAAAAACCAAAAGACUGUUACUUUCUAGGUUUGAAAAAGAGAAUUAAUCAGGUCUUUUUUUUAUAUCAUGUUUUAUAUUUUAUCUCUUUUUUAAAUGUUCAUGUUGGUCAUAUUUAAAUGUGACUGUAGACUUUAUCCUGACUGGUGCUGUAACUGUCAGUUGUUAUGAGUGUGGGCUAUUUAGACUUGUGUGUACAGUGAGAGUGAGUCAGACACUUUAUUUGAGCAUUAGUGACCAGUAGCACUUGUAAUAAGGUGCCUUACAUCACAGUUUGAUGGGCAUGAUGUCGCAAAUUAUACAAAAGUUCACUUGAAAUUGUGCUUUUUUUUCUCCACCGUCAGCGUGGAAGUGGAAUCAUGUGACUGUUUUUUCUUCUUCCAGCAGUCAUUUCCUGCCUCAGCAGCUUUAUUCACAGCCAAAGUACUUUGUUAUUAUCAUACAGUCACAUCUGGUCUGCAAAGUUUCCCAUGACACCCGGCUCACUUCACUCAUCAUCAUCAUCAUCA